GGAGACAGCCUGGGGGCGGGGCCACAGCGUUUGGCGCGAAAUUUCCUUUUCUCCACCUUUUUUCCAUUCCGAGCGAGGAGUUUACUUGGGCUCCAGUGUAUCGCUGGGUGGCUGCGAGACAAGUCCAGCUGGUUCAGUAGCCUAAUUUGCCUAAUUCAUUGAGGAAAGGUGAAAAGUUCUAAGUUUACUACCUGAGAGGUCCAUAUUACAAUAGCCAUUAAAAGGAACAUGUAUUGAAGCUGUUUCACAAUACUUAUAUCUAGGACCUGUCAGCUGCAAAGCACGAUACCCCUUACAACUGCCAGAGCAGUACAGGAGCAAUGGCAUACUAUUCUACACGGCAGAAGACCGGACGAACUUAUUCAUGGGUUGGCAAGCCAUUGUUGGAUCAAAAACUACACUACCAAAUCUAUAAAGAAAUGAAUGUGAUAUUACAAGGUUGUUCGACUCCAAUUCACAUCCAUGUUGGACAGUUCGUGUUGGUUGAAGGGGAUGAUGAUGAAAAUCCGUAUGUUGCUAAAUUGAUCGAGCUGUUUGAAGAUGAUUUUGAAUCUUAUUCCAAGAAACGUGCUCGAGUACAGUGGUUUAUCCGAUUCUGUGAAAUCUCUAUUAAUAAACAGCAUUUGCUGGGCCGGAAGCCGGCUAAACAGGAAAUAUUCUGGUAUGAUUACCCUGCCUGUGACAGCAACAUUAACGCUGAAACCAUCAUUGGCUCUGUGCGGGUAGUAGCUUUAGGCCCAGAUGAAGUUAUACCUAAGGAUCUGAAAAAUGAGGAGACACUCUUUGUGAAACUAUCUUGGAAUGAGAAGAUGUUCAGACCACUAUCUCCAGAACUAUUUGCAGAAUUGGAUAAGCUACAAGAAAGCAGUCCUACAUGCCAGAAACCCAUAAGAGCCAAGACUAAGAGCAUAGAAAGCCCUUCUUGGACCACAGCAGAGCAUGCAGUCAAAAGGAUUGAGUCAAGGCAUUCCACCUCCAAAUCACACCAAACUCCUACCCAUCCUGUCACCCCAAGGGCAAGGAAGAGGCUAGAGCUUAUCAGUUCUCCUAGGACACCUAAUGCUAAGAUUACCCAGCAGACUUCGUGGGUUUCUUUGGAUUCUCCCAGGAGAACUAAACAAAAAGUGGCCUUCUCUGAGGUUAGCUCACCUUCUAAGAAGUCUCGGCCUGGUGGACUUCAGACCUUGUCUGUGGCUCUGAAAGCCCCAGAGAAAACUGGAGAGAUUCAAAACUCUUGUGCUGAAGAGGACAAGAAAGCUUCACGUGAAUGUCACAUGAUUCUGAGAACUCGAGUCUCAGCUUUGAAAUUAGAGAUUAGUGAAGAAAGAAGACUUACCCCUUUCCGGAAGGGGAAAAGAUCCUCAGUGGUGCCUUCUGUGGUUCUGAAACCAGAAAAGAUCAAAAAGAGGGAAGCAAAAGAACCAGAAGCUCAGGAUGAAGCUACCUCUGCUCCUCAUCAUAUCCGCAGAAAGAGUUCUCUCUUGACUUUGAAACGGAUUAGGCAGCAGCUUCGGUUUUUAGGUAAUAGUGAAGAUAACCAAGAAGAAGAAGAGUUUCUUCCAGCAGCAGAAAUUUCAGACUCUAACAGUAAGGAGGAAGAGACUUCCAUGCCACGCCUUCCAAGGAGGACACGAGGUUGCGUGUCCAGAAACCUUCAGUCUUCUGUGACGUUGCCUUUAAAGAGCCCCACCAGGACACCAAAGAAAACUCCCAAGCCUAGAAUGCCACAUCGUGCCACUCCCCAGAUCCGCAGCCGAAACCUGGCUGCCCAGGAGCCGGCCAACGUGCUGGAGGAGGCUCGGCUGAGGCUGCAUGUUUCUGCUGUACCUGAGUCUCUUCCCUGUCGGGAACAGGAAUUCCAAGACAUCUACAACUUCGUGGAAAGCAAAUUGCUUGACCAUACUGGAGGGUGCAUGUACAUCUCUGGAGUCCCUGGGACAGGGAAGACUGCCACUGUGCAUGAGGUGAUACACUGCCUUCAGCAGGCAGCCCAAACAAAUGAUGUUCCUCCCUUUAAAUAUGUUGAAGUCAAUGGUAUGAAGUUGACGGAGCCGCGCCAAGUCUACGUGCAAAUCUGGAAGAAGCUGACAGGCCAAAAGGCAACAGCUAACCAUGCAGCAGAACUGCUGGCAAAGCGAUUUUGCACCCAAGGAUCCUCUCAGGAAACCACUGUGCUGCUUGUGGAUGAGCUCGACCUUCUCUGGACUCAGAAACAAGACGUAAUGUACAAUCUCUUUGACUGGCCCACUCACAAGGACGCCCGGCUUGUGGUCCUGACCAUUGCCAACACCAUGGACCUGCCAGAGCGCAUAAUGAUGAACCGGGUAUCAAGCCGACUGGGACUCACCAGGAUGUCCUUCCAGCCCUAUACUCACAGCCAACUGCAGCAGAUCCUGGUGUCCCGACUCAAACAUUUAAAGGCCUUUGAGGAUGAUGCCAUCCAGUUGGUAGCCAGGAAGGUAGCAGCCCUCUCUGGAGAUGCACGACGCUGCCUGGACAUUUGUAGGCGUGCCACGGAGAUCUGUGAGUUCUCCUGCCAGAAGCCUGACUCCCCUGGCCUGGUCACUGUAGCUCACUUACUGGAAGCCGUGGAUGAAAUGUUUUCAUCGUCAUACAUCACUGCCAUCAAAAAUUCCUCUGUUCUGGAGCAGAGCUUCUUGAGAGCCAUCCUUGCAGAGUUCCGUCGUUCCGGACUGGAGGAAGCAACAUUUCAGCAGGUAUACAGGCAACACGUGGCACUGUGCAGGAUGGAGGGACUCCCGUAUCCCACCAUGUCAGAGACCAUGGCAGUGUGCUCUCACCUGGGCUCCUGCCGCCUCCUCCUUGUGGAGCCCAGCAGGAACGACCUGCUCCUUCGUGUGCGGCUCAAUGUCAGCCAGGAUGAUGUGCUGUACGCACUGAAAGAUGAGUGAAGGACCUCAUAAGGCAGGACUGUGAGCUGCUGUUUUUAAAGGGCUUGAUUUUCUUUUUCUGUGUAAAUGGAAUUGUUGUGGCGAAGUGUACGGAAUGGAAAUGGCUAUCGUGUAGUUUGGAAUUUUCCAUUAAAUAAUUUGUCUUUUCCAGAG